UGAACUUGAAAACAACGAAGUAACCUAACUUGAUUUCAUUUGUUUCUCCCUCUCUACCAAAAUAAUUGUUGUUGGAAAGAUUGUUGUUGGGAAGAAUUAUUUAGGUACUUGUAGACACAUGCAAUCCUCUCCUGAUCCCCUCCAACUGGUAGCCACUUACUAAUCAGUUUAAGACUCGGACUAUUUUUGGCGCGCAUGUGGAGUUGAAAAGAUCCUUUGCUUCCAUAUGAUCUUCUUCUUCAUGCGCCCCACGUAGGUGUAGGUGUAGGUCUCCAUGCCAUGCCGCUCCAUCGCUAGCUUAAAGAGAACACACACCUCCUCAUCUGAACCCCAAUCCAAUCUCAGCUGCGUUAUCCACCAUCCAUACAUCUAAACGGUACGGGGAUUCUCUGCGCACUGACUAACUAAUCUUGCUCUCUCUAGGCUCCAUCGUGUCGAGCGACCAGCCAUGGCUCGCCUUCUCCUCGUCCUCGUCCACGCGGUGGCCGCCGCCAUCGCCCAAUCACUGCCCGCGCGCGCUUCUGCUGCUCCCUCGCCGUCCUCGUCCUACCUCUGCGGCUGGUGCCCGCGCGGCUCCACCGCCUCCCUCCUCCCUCCGGACGCCGGCGCUCUCACCGGUGCUGCGUGCGGGUACGGAGGCCCGGAUGCUGUUGAGAACGCCGCCGAAGCGGGGUUCCACAUUGCGGCCGUCAGCUCUGGAUUCUUCCGCGGCGGACGGGCCUGCGGGGCCUGCUACCAGCUGAGAUGCAGGGACCGGAGCGCGUGCGCGCAGGGCGGCGUCAAGGUCAUCGUCGCCGACGUGGCGACGGACGCGAACAGGACAGGCGGCGGCCAGUUUCAGCUCACUAGGGACGCCUUCACCGCCUUGACUGCUUCUCGUGUCGAUGGUCAGCUCGCGAGCUUGGUGGACACGGGUCACACGGCCGUCGACGUCGACUUCAGGAGGAUACCUUGCGCGUACAAGAGCAAGAACCUCGCGGUGAGGGUGGAGGAGUCGAGCUGCAGGGACAAGGGCCACCUAGCCGUCAGCUUCCUCUACCAGGGCGGCCAGACCGACAUAGUCGCCGUCGAGGUGGCGAAGGCGCCGGCUCCUGAUGCCGCCGAGAGCACCGCCGCACCGUCGCCAACGAACUGGCAGUACAUGACGCGGCGCGAGGGGUCGCCUGGCGUGUGGCGCACGCCGCGCGCGCCGGCCGGCCCGCUGCAGCUCCGGCUCGUAGUCACCGCGGGCUCCGGCGGCAAGUGGCUUCGCGCCGACGGGGCGGUGCUCCCCGCGGAGUGGCAGCCCGGUGCGGUCUACGACACAGGGCUGCGGGUCACCGACGUCGCCGCGCGUACAUGCAGCUGCUUCUCCGCCUCCGGAGACAACGACGAAGAGGAAUAGGAGUCCAGUUGACACGCAGACGCGCGCUCCCAUCAUUGCUAAUCGCCCCGGCCGGCGUCGCCGCCGGCGAAUUGAUCCGAUGGACCCCUCUGCCGCCGCUGCAAACCCUAGCCCGGGGAGCUUUGGGUUCGCCUCCGCCGGUGCUCCUCGAAGCACCUGUAUCGCGCGAGGCAUUUUCAUGCCGUCACAGAUGACCUCGGCGGCGGGUGGCGUCGCGUCGGCGCCCGCCGUGAAGCCUCGUGGCCCCUCUCGAAGCUCCCAAAUAUGGCGCGGCCGAAGAAGGGAAGGUUUCCGCGAAGAAGAACAAGGUAUCCUCUAAGCCGUCGAUGGCAUGGGUGGCGGUGGCAUUGACGGCAUGGGUGGCGGUGGCAUUGGCGGCAUGGGAGGCAUCGGUGGCUUUAGAGCUACCAUGGGCGACAUGGGUGCCAUGGCUGGCUUUGGAGCUACCAUGAAGACCAUGGAAGGCAUGGGUGGCUUCGGAGCACCUUCGGGCGGCAAGGGCGGCAUGGGAGGCAUGAAUUUUGCGUCUCUCAUGGGAGGCUUGGGAGCACCUCCGGGCGGCAUGGACGGAAUGUCUUUCGGUGUGCCUCAUACACCUUCGCAUGAUGACGUUGAAGAUCUUGCCAACACCGCACGUGACAAUGAAGAGGAGGAGGAAGAAUCGUCUUUGGAUGAUGAAUCGGAGGAAGAGGAAGAGGAAGAUGAAGACGAGGACGAGGCUUGAUUGUUGAUGGACCAUUCGUUGGUGUGAAUUUUUGUGUCAUGAACUUGGUUGGAUGAUGUUGUAGGCAUGAAUUUGAACUUGUGGGCAUGAACUUUUUAUGUCAUCAUCAACUUGUUUGUGUGAUUUAAAUCAUGUCAUGUCUUUGUUUUGAUGUUUGAAA